CUCGCCUAUUAUGUCGGAUUCUACCACAGACGAUUUAUUAUCACAGCCUAUAUCGCCCACACUGAUACAUACUCCACCUGCUAUCAUUACUCCACCGCAUUUGCAAAAGCCUAAAUAUAAAAUUCUAACAAUUCACCUUGAAAAAGAGGAAGUAAUGCAUUGGGCUGUUCCCAUUGCGGGACCACAUAAUAAGUCUGCAACAAUGGAUGUGACAUCAUCAUACCUUUUAGGUCAAUGGUUUAAAGAGCGUAGAGGGGAUUUGGUGCGUUAGAAUAUUUUGUUUCGGCUGCAGAAAGAGGGCAUACAAAAUCGAUGCUGAGAGCAGCUGAAUUGUAUGAAGCUGAUAGGAAGGCGAUUACCGCUACAACAUAUCCUGAAAAGGACGUGAAAAAGGCAUUUGAACUAUAUAAGCAGGCGGCCGAUUGCAGUGACCAAGAAUCCGGUAAAUUGUAUAGUUGCGGACCCGAUCCUUUAGCUUGCUAUACAGUCGCUACUAUUUAUGCGAGUGGAUCCGCAGAGAUUGAAAUGGAACACAUUCCCAAGAAUAAGUUGCGUAGCCAUCCACCUCAUACUCAAGACGAACGUUACUUUUGUAAUGCUGCAUUUCAGACUGGCUUAAUCUAUCUCUAUGGUUCAUCUCCGACGGGUGAACAGGUUCACUCGGUGACAGAGGUGACAGCAGACCCUAAUUUGGCAUUGAGAUAUUGGAAAGAAGCUGGUAUAUUAGGCUACGCUAAUGCUUGUUUCAAUAUCGGUAUUGUAUAUCUGAAUGGCAUUGGUGUUACGGCAAAUGAGUGGAUUGCCAGCAAAUGGUUCGGAAGAGCCAUGAAAUUGGACAACACUGGAAACUUGAAAGUUCCAGAGGGUGUUGUUACCAUUGACUGGGAUCUAACAAAGGAGCAACAGGAGCAGCAGCGUCGACAAGAGGGCGAUAGGAAGAAAAGAGCGACCAAUUCCGAGGAGAAGAAGAAGCGACGAAGAAGAAAGAAGGUGAAACAAGCAAAUAGAUCAAAAGAUAAUGGUUUCGUUGGUGCUAUAGUGACGCUUGGGUCUAUUAUUACUGUAGCUGGUGUUGCUUGGUAUAUAUACCAUAGAAUGACGAAGAAUCACCAGUAACAAGAUUGAAAAACAACACACUGAUAUUUUAUUCACGCACUUCUUUCUUUUUUGCAUUCUAUUCAAUAAGCUGCUAAUUUAAUACCACUAGAUGACAAUAAAAUUAGUUAAUUUACCCUUUAGAAUUCCUAGCAAUGAUGUUAAUCCUGUAUUGAACAAAC